GUCACCUUUCAUUAUUCCUUAUAAAGAAAUUCAAUAUUUCUAAUGAAUAGGAAGGAGAACUUCAGAUAUGUGAAGUAAACUUUCAGUGUGUUGAUAGCAAGAGAUUUGAGUUCGGUUUUUAAUCACUGUGCAGGUUUCCUGUUUACUUGUCAGGCUGUUUUAAGGUUGUUUUUGUCUUUCCUGUUUUUGAGAAGAAAAUUGCCCAUUCUGGUUGCUUACCUCUUUACUGGUCCCAUCAUACCAUUGAAAAGUGACCAGUUAAAUUGUUUUCUUUCACAUGAGGAUUUGGAUGCAUGAUAGUUUAAAAUUUUUCUGGUAUUUUUUCUUAAUUUCUUUUAUCACCAUUUUUUUCCGUUUUCUGAAGCAGCUUGACAUUUUUUAUUCAUUUUGAACUGAAGAGCAUGACCCGGAAGCCCACAUUUGAAUAGAACAUAAACGAAUGGUUACCACCCUGGCUUCCCAAACUGAUGGAUCCCAGAGCAGUCAGAGCUGGCACCUGGACAGAAUUGAGGCACACGGACGUGCAAAUUAUUUUUUGUGUGUCUAACGCUUGCAGAUGUAUCUGACAAAACUUGAAGUAGCAUAUUUGCAGCUUUCGUAACUGCUGCCACAUUACUGUUCAGUUACUGAUAGACGUUUCAUUGAAGUGUUUUUGAGAGAGAGAAGUAAACAUGCGCAGUUCUCUCUGAGGUUGGCUGUUCACCUACUGGACGUUUACAAAAGGAGCGUCCUGCUGCUUGCACGAAACUCUAUAUGAUGUAUUCCUAACUAAUGUUGUGCUCAGUAGCUCGCUAUUGAUGCACCAUUGUCGGAGAGGCCAUCCUGUAUAGUCAUGGAGGUUACGGAUGCACACUAUAUUUGGCCAGCCUAUUUUUGCCGUGCCACUUGUCUGCAGAAAGUUAUGAACACUCCACGUUCUGUGUUACACCAGCUUCAGGACUGAGGGGCUGAAACAAGAUAAGGGCUGCUAAGUGAAUCCUGACAGGCAUUGUUCGGACAGCUCUGCCAGGGUUCUCAUGACUGCAUACUUAUUCAAGCAGUACUUCCCAUUUAAACAACAUUGCCAUGUUUCAGAUGGGUUUCCUGGGCUCCUUUAUUAAUACCCGCUGUAUACCGAGUAGCUAAGGGGAAGAGGCACAAAAUAUCUGAGUCAUUGAGCUUAGUCAGCCAGUGUUUUUCCCCCGCUCGUGGCUUAAAGUUCUGCAUGGUUUUGGUUUUGGGGGUUUUUGGACUGGUGCCACAUCGGAGUCUUCUGAGUCCAGCUGGCCAGUUUAUCCACAUAGACCAGUUUAUCCUCCAGAGAUCUUCUGAGUCUGGAGAUCUGGAGCUGCUUAAGUGAAGGAAAUUGCUUUCGUUUCUACUUGCUACUGUUCGAUACCAAGUGUGCUGGACUUUUCUGUGCAGUCAAGUUCAGGUGUGGAUGUAAAAAAAUAAAUUGAAAAUGUACACAUUUUACCAGUGGUAAUUUGGAAGUGUGUCUAAAUUCUCAUUUUUGAGGUUAAAUUCUGUGCGAUUCCUUCUCUUUGUCUAACAGCAUGCUUGUAUUGUGGUAUUACAUUGAUCUCGCUAAAUAUCCCAAAUGCUCGAUUUUAGCCAGGUAUCAUGGCCACGGCAUUCAUUGAAAAAUGGUCUGGGUUAUUGUGACAGCACGCAGGGCUGAAUUCGUUCUGAUCUGAUCUGGGCUGGGCCUGGUCUUCAUUCUCCUAUCAUAGUCCCUCUACGAAAAGGAGGCUGAUGGCAAAUUUCAUUUGUCCUUGUUGCUCACAUUCACUUCCCGGUGCUGCGGUCGUUGUGUGUCCUUAGCCCAUCGCUUCGUACCUCGACAAACCUGUUGCUCGUCAGUCGGCGUCACGCUGGGGAUAAGAGAAGGUAGAGCCGUGAGAUUGAGGAAGGUGACAGACGUGCAGCCCUUUACUGACUGAUCACCCCCGCCUGCCAUGCAGCGACAGCAGCACUCUGCAAGCUUGCUGCUGUGGCAGCUGGUGGGCUAGGCCCCUCCUUGCUGUGAAGGAUUAAAGUAGAAAUGUUUCCCAUAUGGCCCGAGCGCCCGCCUCUUUCCACCAGCGCACACAUAAGAGAUAGUGCGUCCCUCACACCGCUGAGAGUGUGCAGAACUGCUCCGUAGUGAGCUCUCCAUUCACGGUCGAUUCCAAUGAAAAAACACGCUGGCUCUAGGUCUCGUUCCCGCUCCAGAUCCCAUUCCCCAACCCAGCACCGGGACCGGAAUUACCCAAGGGAAUACCAGAACAACCGUGAGUUCCGGGGCUAUCACCGAGGCUUUCGCAGGCCCUAUUACUACCGUGGCCGUGGGCGGGGCUACUUCCCACGGGGCCGCUACCAGCGGGGAGGGGGUGGUGGAUACAACAACAAUUAUCGACCCAACAACUGGCAGAACUACCGUCAGCACCAGCAACAGCAGCAGCCCGCGCACCACCAGCACAGCCCCAGGAGGGGGCGCUCUCGCUCCCGCACACCCAAGAAGCGCUCGGGUAGCCCACGGUCACGCAGCUGCUCCCGCUACUCUGACCGCUCGUCCUCCGGACGCUCCCGCCGCUCCUCAUCGUCGUCCUCUCGCUCCUCGUCUCCACGCCGUCGCUCUGGGUCUGGGUCUGCCAAGAGAAGCUCUAAGGAUGUGAAGGACCGGUCUGCGUCGAAGGAGGCCCAGCGGGCUGUGGGGGGAGAUGAGGAGCUAGCGGGAGGAGGUGGAGGCGGCGGGGAAGCGGGCGACGAUGGGGCCGAUGCGGAAAAGGCCGCCAGUAAUUGGCAAGGCCUGACUGACUACAACAGCAGCCCUAAACGAGCCAGCCCCGCGGUGCGCUCGGCAGUCAUCAUCAGCCAGGGGGCUACAGGUCCUGGACACCCCGGCACAUCCGGUAACAGCGGCGCCCCCUGGCAGAGUACUGGCCCCACACCAAGCAAAAGCCCUGCAGAGAAGAGCCCUACUGCUACGUUUUCUGGCUUUGGGCUCUUCUCCAAAGAGGACCACAGAGCAGGGGAGAAAGCCGCCAUCUCAACAGCGUUUAAGAAGUUCUUGGAAGAACACAAGAGCAAAAAGCAGGCGUCUGACUGGGAGAACGGCAGGGAGAAGGACAUCAGCUCUGCUGAUGGCGACAGGGAGAAAAGCGGCAGCAAGUCUGUCUUUGACCGGGGCCCGGUGUACAGUGCCUCAAAGAGCCUUGAACACAGCAGCAAGGCUGAGAAGGACAAGUACAAAUAUGGUGAUAGCUUUGAGGGCGAGCCUUCGGGUGGCUUUAUGAAAGGGCCUCCUUUCCUUGGUGGCAAUGGGGGAGAGGAGGAGGAGGAAGUGGCGCUAGAGCCACGUGCCAAGCUCCGGAAGGAGCGGGAGGCCGAGGAAGAGCCCAAGCCCAAGGGCAAGGCUGCCCUCUCAGCCCGCGAGGUCUUCGAGGAGCGCUUUGGCAAGUGGGAGGAUGUGUCCUACUUCCCCACAGCCAAGGAACGUAUGCGCAAGGAGGUGGAGACGGCUGGCACUGAUGACCUUGACGACAUGGAAGAGGAGCUAUACCGGAGCCGCAAACAGGAGAGGGCCUCGGCGCUGGCCAAGAAGGAGGCAUACAAGGGCUUCUCCCCAGAAAAGCCGACAAAGAGCAGGAAGAAGGAGCGGGUGGAGUCCAGCCCGUCCCCACCACCUCAGAGGAGGAGCACAGAUAGCAGAGACCAUGAGAUGUUCAUGGUACGCACGGAUGACUCCCCUCCCAAAGCCUCUGUGAAGAGAGGGGCUGAGUUUAAUGUCAGAAUGGAGCCUCUCUGGGAUGACCUUGCAAGCUCCUCCGGGACCUUGGCCAAUGAGCGCCGGAUCUCACGGGACCUGGUUCAUCCCACUAAGAAAGAUAAGGAAUUCCGCUCCAUCUUUCAGCACAUUCAGGCCGCCCAACUGCGCAGGAGCCCUUCGGAGCUGUUUGCCCAGCACAUUGUCACCAUUGUUCACCAUAUCAAAGCACAGCACUUCCCAUCCUCAGGGAUGACUUUAAAUGAGCGAUUUGCCAUGUACCAAAGAAGGGCUGCUGAAAAGGAAACAGUGAAGCCAAGAAAAAGUCCAGAAAUACACAGGAGAAUUGAUGUUUCUCCCAGUGCUUUUAAGAAGCACUCUCACCUGUUUGAGGAGAUGAAAAGCUCCGGAGAAAGCAGCUACAAGGAGGACAGCAAAAAAUUUAAAGGUGAUUCUAUGGAUCUGCGUCUGGACAUUGAGCGCCGUAAAAAAUACUCGAGCAAGGAGCGGGAUCACAAACGGGAUGGAGGGAGAGACUCGGAAUCCCACGGGUCCAGCAGGGAGAGGUCCUCUGAGAAGUUCACCAAGUAUCACAAGAAAUCCAAGAAAAGCAAGAAGAAGCGUGAGCGCUCUCGGUCCUCCUCCUCCUCUUCAUCCUCAUCCCCCUCACAUGCCCACCGUACCGGGGAGUACCCUCAUGAGGAGUCAGAGCCCCGCGAGGAGGGAUUCAACAAAGCCCGCUUAGGGCCGCGAGAGUAUGGGGGCCCCAUGGAGCGAGGCCCCAUGGAACGGGGGCCCAUGGAACGGGGCCCCAUGGAGCGAGGCCCCAUGGAGCGGGGGCCCAUGGAGCGAGGCCCCAUGGAGCGGGGGCCCAUGGAGCGAGGCCGUGCCCGCGGCGGCUUUCAGUUCAGGAUAAGAGGACGGGGCUGGAACAGGGGCAAUUACCCGGGGAACCAGAGCAACGGCAACCCGGCAAGCAUGGGAGCGCCUCCCCACCCAAAGAACGAGGACUGGGACCCAGAGUACACCCCCAAGAGCAGGAAGUAUUACCUGCACGAUGACCGGGAGGGCGAAGGGGAGAAGAAGUGGCUGGACACGAGAGGCCGAAGCCGGGGCACAUUCAUCCGAGGCCGGGGUCGCUUCAUCUUCCGCAAAGCCACCGUGGGCAGCAGCAGCCCCAAGUGGACCCAUGACAAGUUCCAGGGCAGCGGCGAGGAGGGAGAGCUGAGGGACGAGGAGAGUGAGCAGGACCAUAAAGAGGAAGACAAGGCCAGCGGCCCCGGGGUCGAGCAAUAAAGCAUCGAAACGGCGCUUCACCCUUCCGGGAUAAAGCAGAAAUCUGACACGCAGAAGCAACCUCCAUAUCACAGUAACAGCUCUGUCCAGCCAGCCACUUUCAGCCAAAAACUCACACACUUUAAAUACUCGCUAGAGUAGGAUGACAGUUUUUAAAGUGGUUUUUACUUUUGGACUUUGAGGACUUGGGCGUUUUUCCCCAAUAUUUUUAUCAAAAGGAUGCUGUCUAGGAGUAAUUUCAUUCAUGUUUUUUUCCCUCCCCUUUUCACUUUUUAUUUGCUCAUUGUAAAAGCAUCAUCUGACAGUAGCGAUGAGGAAUAGGAAAGGGAACAGGAACUGAUUCCUGAAAUGAAAGAUAAAUGUGGCCCCAAAACAGCAGGACGUCAGGUUAUGGGGGAGGGACUCUGUUAUUCUGAGCACGAACUGUGUUUGUGCCUUAGAUGAUGACAAAUAACGAUCCAUGCAGUUAAAUCUGUUUGUUUUUUUUUUCUGAGGGCAGGUAUUUUUCCAGUAGGAGUUGAAGAUGGUGGGGUUGUGUUUGAUUGUUGGGCUGUCGACUAGCCUCGCCCAGCAUGACACAAAGACCUUCAACUGACCAUGGGACCAAUCUGCUGUGUGGGUCAAAGGUCACGUACAACAGACCAGCAUGCUUUCUCCCUGCCGUGGGCCGCGAUAUCCAUGAUGUACCGUCCAUCACAAGUGAAGAUGUCAAGCUGCCCUAACGGCAGCCCAUAAAUGCGGGGCUCUUCCUUGUGCUCGCUGCUGAGGUCGAAUUUUUUUUUUUUUUCUCUCUUUUAGGUUUUCAGAUCGAACUGUCUAGGUUUUGAUGGGUGUGUGUUCAGUGCAGAAGGGUUUGUGGAUGUUGUACUAGGUUUUUUUCUUUUCUUUUAUAUUUUUAUUCAUCUGUACUGGUUUUCAGAAUUUAGUCAUCUAAGAUGAAGAUUUAAGUUAGUGCCUCUUGGAUAUUAGAGAAAUCACUUCUGAAUAGACUAAAUGAAAUACUGAGAUUGUAGAAAAUAAAUUAUUGUGGCCUUUGUUAGGGGAAAAUUUAAAACAAAUGUGCUCUGUAGGUGUUCAGUACAAAAUUUAGGGUACAAGGUUUCUUUUUCAUUUGGAGCCAAAUUAUGUUUCUCCUGUGUUCUUUCCUUUCAGUUGAUGUACAUCAGCAGAGUCUUUCUGCAGUCUGACAUUUUGUGUCAUACGAUGUUUAAGGAAGGGGGAUACUAAUUCCUGUGUCAAUUCUGUAAUUCUAACAGUAUGUAUGAAGAAUUUUGCUUUCAUAAGGAACUACUGCAAAGACUGGUACUAUAGUGAUUUGUACAUCUUGUUCUGAAUUGCACUGCAUUUUAAUGUACAGGAUAUACUUUGACUGUGAUUAUUCAAUGUUGAGGCAAAGUUGAAACAUUUUUAAAUUGUUCCUGUAACUCUUGUAAUUUCCCAAAUUGUCAAUUAAACAAAAGGCUGGUGUA